AUGUAACUAGCUUAAUUUCAGCUUGAAGUUAUGCUUUGCAAACGUCAUAGGAGAUGCUUGUGUUUCAACUUUUGCUGAGACAUUUUAAGUUGACUCAAUUGAGACGCUGGUAGCAAGCUAGGUGGUAUUAGCCUACUAAAAUCGGAAGACUCGACAACUUUAAUGACUCGUUAGCGUCACGAUUUAUUUCAUUAGAAGGGAACGGUUAAUGUUUGACAGCGGGCUAGGUGAUAUUAAGCGGUUGGGUUAUUUUGUGUUGUCAUGGCGAUUGCAGGGCGGAAAUAGGUCACAAAUGUUUUGCUAACAAACUUCACUAAGAAACAAGCCUUGUGCAUUGGCAUUAACCUUUGUAAGAGCCAACAAUUAGUAAGAUAAUAGUCGUCUCUUGUUCAGCAACAGCAGACACUGUUGUGCUGUAUUCUUUUCGUUUGUUUGCUUGUUUUUGCCAAGAGCUCGCGCAAAGUUUAUACUCUGUGGAAGAAACAUUUUACAUCUUUCCCCGGGAAUCCAAGCGGGCCACACAAAACCCACACAGUAGCUAAGGCUAACGGACAGAAAGCUGUGCUAAGACAUGGCAACUGGAGGCACUCCGUUUGAUGACGGUGCAGAGGAGCUGCACAACUGGGCUGCAACCAAUGGUAGUUUGGAAGAUAGGCUCAACAACAUGAACUGGGGGGUACAGCAAAAGAAAGCAAACCGGUCUUCAGAGAAGAACAAGAAAAAGCUGUCUGCUGCGGUGGUGGACAGUCGUUUGAUGAAUGACAUUUCGCCAGAGUCCACCCCUGGGGCUGGCCGCAGAAGAGCUCGAACUCCUCAUUCCUACCCUCACAUCAAAUACACCACCCAAAUGUCUGUCCCAGACCAGGCUGAGCUAGACAAACUCCGUCAGAGAAUACAUUUUACAGACCUGGAUGAGAGGAGCAUUGGCAGUGACUCCCAGGGACGUGUCACAGCUGCCAACAACCAGCGCCAGUUAGCUGGAGAAAACAAGAAGCCCUACAACUUUGUGCCUCUGCAUGUAAAUACUAACAAGAGCAAGGAGCUGCUCCAGCCCUCUGCAUCUGCCCCAACAACCCCAGCAAUCUCCAAGGAACUUAAGAAGCAGAGUCCAGGACUCAGGGAAAUGGUAACCUCUGUGGUCGCUGCAAAAGAAUCUCCAAGGCUUGGUCGUGGUGAAACUGAGAGAGGGCUCCUAACAGAGAAAGAAUGUGGACAAGGAGAGCCCACAUUAGACAGCAGCCAGGUGGUGAGCAAACUGGUACAAAUUCGGGACUACAUCAGUAAGGCCAGCUCCAUGAGGGAUGAUCUGGUGGAAAAGAAUGAUGUGCCUGCCAACGUGGAGCGUCUUUCUCAUCUUAUUGAACACCUCAAGGAGCAGGAGAAGUCCUAUUUACGGUUCUUGCAGAAAAUGCUUGCACGGGAGAGUGAUGAGGCUGAUGUGGGGACCCUGGACUCUGCAGUUGGCUCAGGUUCACUGGCAGAGAGCACUUCUCUCAACGUUGAGCUGCAGUCUUCAGAUGUUUCAAAUGCAGCAGGUGAAAGACCAGAAGUUGCGCGUGCUGACCAGAGGGAAGAAUUGGAGAAUCUGCGCAAGCAGCAUGAGCUGCUGAAGAAGAUGCUAGAGCAGCAGGAGCAGCUCAGGGCCCUGCAAGGUCGACAGGAAGCUCUAAUGGCCAUGCAGCACAGUGCAGAGCAGGCACUCGCUGUGAUUGAAGACACUGUUGUCACAGAAACCACCGGCAGUGUUUCUGGCCUGAGCAUCACAUCUGAACUAAAUGAUGAGUUAAAUGAAUUGAUUCAGCGGUUCCACAACCAGCUACGUGACUCUCAGACUAAAGCAGUGCCAGAUAACCGGCGCCAGGCACAGAGUCUUUCCCUCUCCAGAGAGGUGUGUUGGUCAAGGCCUCCCCAGGCUGUUGGACCACCUCAACACAGGCCACUUCUUCACUCUGCCUCUGGACCCCACACUGGUCUAGACACUGGAGGGACAGCUGCAAGUGCCAAACUCACCAAACUACAAGAACUCCAAGACAAAAAACAAACCAUGGACAAGAUCCUACAAGAGUUGCAUUCGCUCAGAGACCAGACACUAAACAAUAACUCAUGUCGUGGCUUGUCAGCACAGUGCAGUCCAAGAAUGGAAGGAUCUUUAGAUUGUCCAUCUGCUCUCUGCUCUAAUGGGGCCUUGGCUUCCACCUCCUUUCAGCCUUCACUCGUACAACAACAGGACAGCUCCAACUCUGCUGACAAGCUGCGGAAGCUAAAGGAGGUCCACAAGCGCCUGAAUGAGUUGCGGGAAUUGGUUCAGUACUAUGAGCAGACUUCUGAUAUGAUGGUGGAUGCAGUCAAUGAAAAUGUAAAAGAGGGAGAUGAUGAUGAGGAGGAAGAUGAGACAGAGGAUGGAUCUAUGUUUGAGACCAUGUUUGACUCUGAGCAGGAGAAUCGCCAGCCUGUUACUAACAUCAGAAACCCACAGAGGUUAGGGAACUGGGCGGACUUGAACAGCCUGACAAACAGAUGCAGUGUCAGAAGCAGUACAACCAACAACCGGGAUGGGAGACUCAACACUGAGUGUGAGAUCAACAACCGGGCGGCAGCUAACCUCUGCAGUUUCAACAUCACCACAGCCAUAGAAUGCCAGUACAACAGGGAUAUCCCAUAUAAUCAGGUGAAGGAUGAAGAUGAGGAUGAAGAUUGUAUGGAUAAUGACGAAGGGGCACAGGCUGUGGCCCAGGAGAGUGCAUCAGAGUCUAGUCGGAGGAGCAGCCUUGGGAAUGAUGCAGGUUAUGCACCGAAGGUUCGUCGCCAGACAGCAAAGCAAAAACUCUGGCAGCUUCAGGAACUGGUGGCCAUGGUACAGAGUGAUGACACAGAUGUAACAACAGCAAAUGAGGAUGAUGCAUUACACCAACAGCCAAAUAAUACCAGAGGUCCUCUGCCUGGAACGUUGGGGACUGGAUCUAAACAGAGUCCUAGAGACCUUGCACUCUCCAGCAAGGCCAGAGAGAAACUUUAUGAGGAGAAGCUGCGCCAGCAGAAGCAGGAGCUGAAGCAACUUCAUGAAGAACGCCAGAGACUCAUUGAAAUCCAAGGCAAGAUCCAGGACCUGCAGUGGGCUUGCCCUGACCUACAGUCAUCUGUAUCCAGCACAGCAAGUCAACAAGGUUUGCUGAGGAAGGUUCCAGUCGCAGCUUCCACACCUGCUACUCUCCAGGCUUCUUCACCCUCUGGACCCAAAACCAAUUUAGCUGUGCUCAAACCUACUGCUCCAGAGGCAGCCAUUUCUUCAGUCACUGACAAUGAGCUUUGGUCAGAAAUGCGUCGCCGACAGAUUUUGCGGGAAGAUCUACGACAGCGCAGAAAGCAUCUAGAGUCGUUGAUGGCUGAACACCAGAGGCGUAGUGGCCUCAGUGACUCGCCCUGCCAGAUUGAAGAUGAAGAAGACAAUGUUACACCUUCACAGCCUGUCAGUAGGGAUGAAAGAACAAUGGCUACUUGGGGUUCCAGUCCCUGCCACCUUGAUGACAAUGAUGAUAAUGAUGAAGAAGAGGAGGAUGAGUACCACUCAGAGAUAGCUGCAGAGGAGGAAGACGAGCCAGAACAAUGUACGGAAAGCAGCUCUGAUGAAGACAUCCAUCUCUAUUCAACAAGCAUGAACCAGCGCUCCUUCAGUAACAGGAAGAAUCAAGGAAGCAAUCUGAAGCCUCCCACAGCCUUUUCAGGUGAGAGUGAUGGGCAUCUUCAUAAUAAAACUAAGGCAAAGCAGCCUUUCAGAAGUUUGAACCAGUCUGGAAGCCAGCGUGGAGGUAUACGUCGACAGGAGAACCUGCGCUGGGCCUCUGAACUCUCCUUGACUGAGGGUUCAUGUCACUGGCAGGAACAAGUCAGCCACCUGCAGAGGCAGCUGGACUUCAGUACAAGCAUGUGUCAGACACUUCUUCAAGACCAGCAGACACUAUCAUACAUGCUGCAAACUCUGCUGACGGGUCAGUUCAGCUUGUUACCAAACAACCUGUCAUCACCACAGGUCCAUCUUGUCAUGCAUCAGCUAAACCAGUGCUAUACCCAGCUGGCUUGGCAGCAAAACAAUGUACAAAGACUAAAACAGGUCCUGAAUGACCUCAUUCGCCAGCAGCAGCAGCAGCAGCAGCAGCAGCAGCCUUCCUCUUCAGCUGCAGGAUGGCAGACACAGAAGCAGGGCUCAGCACAGGAAUCCAGCUCCGGCCCCUCAGCUUCCCCUGGAGUCUUCCCUUUCUCCUCUACCAUGCAUCCUCCAGCUAACAACAUGCCUUCUUCUGCCUUGUCCCCAUUCCCUCCCAGCUUUAACUUAUAUCCAACCUUCCCUGCUUCCUCGGUUGACUUUCAUCAAGGUGAUGUAGGUCCAGCUACUCCUGAACACCAGAAGCUGCAGUUGGACCCCAACACUUCCAUUAAAACAGAAUAUAUGAAUUUCCCUCCACCACUGCAGCGUUCUCCUCUUAACACUACUACAGAAAGGGGACUGACUGGCCGACUGAACACUUCCUACACAAACAAUAUAACACGGCAUAACAUAUCUAAAUCAGAGCUGCAGGAAUCUCCUCCUUCUUCUCCCACUUUUGCCAAAUGCCACUCACAACAGCAAGACUUUGACAAGGAAUCACAGGAAAGCUUCAGCAGUAUGCCCGAUCCUGUUGAUCCCACCACAGUCACAAAGACUUUUAAGGCUGGACGCAAGGCCUCUGCACAAGCCAACCUGGCCUCUCGGAGCAAAACUCCCAAGAACCGCCGCAGAAGAAACAAAGGCCAAAGCAAGAAUUCUGAAAGCCAUGAGAGUGACAGCGUUGGUAGCACUCGCCCAUCUCAUCAUAGGGAUCAGAAUCAAAGCCUGUUGGACAAGCUGACUCAAGAAAAACUAGACAGCAAGGCUAAGCUUGGAAACAAACGAAAUGAUCUCUUCUCUGCUUAUGCUUGGAGAACACCUUUCCUCUCUAACAGAAUUGCAUGCACAGAAGCACCAGAUGCAAGCAGUGACUUCUCACUAUUCGAAGCUCUGAGGGAGACCAUUUACUCUGAGGUGGCUACUUUAAUAUCUCAGAAUGAGUCACGACCCCACUUCCUCAUUGAGCUUUUCCAUGAACUGCAACUACUCAACACAGACUACUUACGCCAACGGGCACUCUAUUCUCUGCAGGACAUAGUGACCAGCCACCUGACGGCGAGGAACUCUGCUGAGGACCAGCUGCCCUCUCUUGGUCCUGUAGUGUGGGCUGGAGGCUCUCAGUCUGAGUUCACUCCCAGCCAGAGUCUGACUACCAGCGAUGAAGAGGUGGUAGAGAAGAAUUUGAGACAUGCACAGGACACAUCAAAGAGGAGGCAUGAUGCAGAAUCUGUGGAUAAUGACAGCAACAUGUCAACUUCUUCCAACCUGGAACCUUUUGCUAAUGAUGACUUGGGAAACACAGUGAUUCAUUUAGACAAAGCUUUGGCAAGGAUUAGGGAGUAUGAACGCAUGAAGCUUAAAGCUGAAUUUAACCCCUGCAACACCAACGCUGCAGAUGCAGGCAGUUCUGAAGGAUCACAUGCUGAACGUACUUCUGCUAACCCUGCUGAGCCGGUGGAAGCAGGUGCAACUGGUGAUGUGCACUGCCCUCAGAUUGACACCCAGCAGCUUGAUCGUCAAAUCAAAGCUAUUAUGACGGAAGUAAUUCCCUUCCUUAAGGAGAACAUGGAUGAGGUUUGUUCCCAUCAGUUGCUGACGUCUGUGCGGCGCAUGGUUCUUAAUCUCACCCAACAAAAUGAUGAGAGUAAGGAGUUUGUCCGCUUUUUCCACAGACAGCUGGGAGGCAUACUGCAGGACACUCUUAGUAAAUUUGUUGGCCGUACUCUAAAGGACUGUGGUGAGGAUCUCUUGGUUGAGAUUUCAGAGAUCCUUUUCAAUGAACUGGCCUUCUUUAAGCUCAUGCAGGAUUUGGACAACUGCAGCAGCACUGCUUUGGCAGCUAAGCACAAAAAUAAGAAAAAGGCUGAAGAACCCAGUAAAGUCAAAAACACUGUUCAUAACGCAGUAGGUGGUACAGAAAAAUCUGUUUCUCCAGCAUAUGUUGAUGAAGACAAAGACCAAGAUGAGGCAGAGCAAGAAAAAAUGUCUUCUGUCUCGGAGCUUUACCUACACACAGAGAUGAAGAACAACAGAAGCCGCGAAGCUUCAGAGGAUGAGGAUGAGGAUGAAGGAAAUGGGCUUGUAGUUCCAAUGUCUAUCAGUCUUUCCAAAGCAGAGACUCAGGCCCUGACGAACUAUGGCAGUGGAGAGGAUGAAAAUGAUGAAGAGGAAAUGGAGGAGUUUGAAGCUGGACCAGUAGAUGUUCAAACAUCUUUGCAGGCUUCUAGUGAUGUGCAAGUGGAGCAGGGAACACCCAGCAAUGAAAUCCAGGAGAUAAAACCUGAACAGAAGAGUUCAGAGAGUGAUAAUGAAAUAAGUAAAUCUGUUGGGACUGGGGAUUCCACAGUGGAGGAAGAUACUGUGGUAGAGUGCCAGAGCCCAGAGAGAGAGAGUAAAGCUGGGGCAGCUGCUGUCACUGAGGGAGACUCUGCAAUCUGCCAGGGUCAGGAUGUCCCCAAGGAGUCAACAACCAGUAGUAGUCCUAACACAGACUCACCUGUCCUCAUCAGUGUUGAUGAGAUGGGCUCGGGUAACACAAGCCAAAAGUCAGAUGAGGAAGACUUUGUCAAGGUGGAUGACUUACCACUGCAGCUUUCAGUCAUGUGUGAGGAGGAACUUCAGAAAAGAAUAGUAGAGGAGCAGCAGAAUAACAACCUCUCUGAGGAGAUCCUCAAUGGAAACACUGAACUGCUGACUGGACUGGUGGGAAAUGCUCAAGCACUGAAGGAACCAGAAACCAUUGGUGCUCAGAAUGUGUAAAAGACUUACACAGAUGUCUCAUUGCGGUUUUAGUAACACAGUACUUAAACAUUAUAUCUGACCUGGAUGAUUGUUGAUUCCUUAUCUGAUACUUUAAAGGAGCAAAGUUACAUAUUGGUAGCUGUGACAGUGAGAUACACAUAAAUCAAACUCCUACAACACUUAGUUUUAUUUCUGAAUGUUUAAUGUGAUUUUUUAUCUUUAGGGAUGGGGGCGCUUUUGCUGCUGAUUAACAGUUUGAAUUUUUGUUGUGCUAAAAUCCCUGUUUAGACCUGCCUUAGUCUUUUUCUUGGUUCUGGGAUCAGUUUGACAUGUUUCUCUAUGUUUUUUGUCUCUGCCGGGCCUUACAGCUGUGCAGCUCGUCUUUUCUGCACUUGAUUCCUUAAAAGUUUAGUCAUAGCUGCUCAUUGUUUUUCCAUCUAAGUUCAGAAACUUUUAUCCCUUAAAACACAAAUUUCUACUGUUCUGUUUUUAAUGGUUAUCCCUGUAUGAGUUGAAUUUAAAUAAAAUCUUGAUUACUGUAAUCAG